AUGAAGGCCAGCUCCGUAGCAGUGCUCGCCGCCGUCAUGGCGAUCGCGGCGGUGGCCUCGACGGCGGUGGCCAAGGACUACACGGUCGGCGGCUCCUACGGCUGGGACACCUACAUCGACUACGACAAGUGGACCGCCGGCAAGACGUUCAUGGUCGGCGACACCAUAACGUUCAAGUAUGAGGUGUACCACAACGUGCUGGAGGUGCCGGCGUCGGACUACGACAGCUGCACCGCGACCAACCCGGUCUCCGUCCACUCCGGCGGCAACACCACCUUCGAGCUCGCCGCCGCCGGCACGCGCUACUUCAUCUGCAGCAUCCCGCGCCACUGCCUCAACGGCACCAUGCACGUCAAGGUCACCACCGUCCCGUACUCCGCCUCCGCGGCGGCAGCCGCGGCGAACGCCGGCUCCCCUUCCCAGGCGCCGCUUCCCUCGGCCGCAGCCGACGAGCCGCACAAGCCGAUGGGGGACUCGGCGUCGUCUCCGGCGGCCGCCCCGAGAACCGCCGCGUCCGCGCCGCGGCAUCUGCAGCCGGCGGUGGCCGUCGCCGGGCUUGCGCUGGCUGCACUGUCGUUCGCCAUGGCCGCCUAA